GGGGUGUCACCAAAACAUUAUUUCUCAAUCUCAUUCGUUUGUGAUUUAAUUCAAAAUAAAGGAAAACAUAUUUUCUGCAUCACUCAAUACAAGAAAUACUAUCAAAAUGAACGUUAUACAAGCAGUCAAGAUGUAUAUAACGAAGAUGACAGAGGAAAGUGGGCCAGGAAUGAAAGUUAUUCUCAUGGAUAAAGAAACUACAAGUAUAGUGAGCAUGGUGUUUAGCCAGUCGGAGAUCCUUCAGAAGGAGGUGUACCUGUUCGAGAGGAUCGACAGCCACUCCAAGUGGGACAACCUCAAGCACAUGAAGUGUAUUGCCUUCCUGCGGCCUACAUCUGAAAACAUAGCACUGCUUUCUAGAGAGCUGCGGUACCCGAAGUACGGUGUUUAUUUUAUAUAUUUCAGCAAUGUGAUCUCAAAAGCGGACAUCAAGACAUUGGCCGAGUGUGACGAGCAGGAGGCAGUGCGAGAGGUGCAUGAAGUGUUCGCCGACUACCUCGCUGUUGACCGCCAUCUGUUCUCCUUCAAUAUCGUCGGGUGCUUGCAUGGUCGGUCCUGGAACCAGACGCACCUCCAGCGCUGCGCUCAAGGCCUCCUCUCGGUCCUGCUGUCCCUGAAGCGCCGCUGCGCGCUCCGCUACGAGGCGGGAUCGGAGCCCUGCGCGCGCCUGGCGGAGCGCGUGCGCGACCUGCUGCGCCGCGAGGCCGCGCUAGUGGACUACAACGUGCCUGUCAACGGCGACCUGCCCACGCCGCACCUGCUCAUUAUUGACAGGAGGGACGAUCCGGUCACACCGCUGCUGAGCCAGUGGACGUACCAAGCGAUGGUGCACGAGCUGCUGACGCUGCACAACCACCGCGUGAGCCUCGCGCACCUGCCCGACGUGCACAAGGACUUCAGGGAGGUGGUGCUGUCCGCCGAGCAGGACGAGUUCUACGCCAAGAACCUGUACUCCAACUUCGGUGAGAUCGGGCAAACGAUGAAGUCUCUGAUGGAAGAGUUCCAGAAGAAAGCCAAGAGUCACGAGAGGGUCGAGAGCAUCGCGGACAUGAAGAGCUUCGUGGAGGCCUACCCGCUCUUCAAGAAAAUGUCAGGCACAGUGACGAAGCACGUGACGGUGGUGGGCGAGCUGUCGUCGAUGGUGGCCAAGCGGUCCCUGCUGGCCGUGUCCGAGCUGGAGCAGGAGCUGGCCUGCCAGAGCGACCACGCCAAACAUCUACAGCGCCUAAAGGCCCUACUAGCCAACGACUCGGUCCGGCACCACGACGCAGCUAAACUAGUAGCUCUAUACGCCCUACGCUAUGAGAAGCACGCGUCCAACGCGCUCGGGGCCCUCGCGGAAGCCCUGAAGGCGCGGGGCUGCCCGGAGCCGCUCGUUAGGAACGCGCUGCUGGUGCUGGAGCACGGGGGCGCGCAUGCGCGCCAGAGCGACCUGUUCGGGUUGCAGGAUGCUGUCAAAAUCACUAAGAGGCUGUUCAAGGGCCUCAGCGGCGUCGAAAACAUCUACACCCAGCACACACCCCUCCUCAAAGACACCCUCGAAGACCUGAUCAAGGGGAAACUCCGCGAAAACCUCUACCCGACCCUCGGCGGCGACGAGGCCUACGGUCGUCGGCCCCAGGACAUCAUAGUCUUCAUCGUAGGGGGCGCCACUUACGAGGAGUCCCUGUGCGUUCACCAGAUCAACCAAGCGUACCCUGGAGUCAGGGUAGUGCUUGGUGGGACGACUAUUCAUAAUUCGGCGUCGUAUUUCGAAGAGGUAAAGGCCGCGAUGCAGGGAGUGCAUAGGAUACAUACGAGGCAUAUUAGGAAUGUGUAG